AUGGAUUCGUACGGGACCGACUCAUCAGGGUCGUCAGACUGGUCGCCAACAGCCUCAGCCUCGUUAUCUUCUUCCUCCGUCGCUUCAAGUCUCUUCGACAAGGGCGGUUACAAUCAAACUUAUGGCUCCUACCAACUGCCAAGGAACAACGAGGAGAAUGAGCUACAAGGCGACCACUCGUUCCAAGAUCAAAAGUCCUUCACUCGUGAAAUCACCAACCCCAAACGAUCCCAAGCUGUGGCAAAAGCAGGUUCAAUCCUUCGGAAGACUGCAGACAUGUCAGAGAAAUUGAACCACUUGCUUGAUGGUUUGGCCUCCGGGCAAUCUUUCACAGAUAUGUCAACCAAGAAGAACAUCGGUGGGAAUCAGCCCAAGAAAGUUUUGUCUGUCUCGUCCAACAAGGGGAUCCAACAGCUCGAAGCAGAGUUGGAACUGGUAAAUAAGAGGCUUCGCCUCCUCAAACAGAGCAAGCCUCCUGCUAGUCACGAUCAGAUGGCGCUUACUUCUGUAGACACGCAAUAUGUGACAGAAGCUACAGAUGAGAUCCCCUUUCCUAGAAACUUUCAGAAGGUUGAGCCCAGAGUUGAGGUGAUGGAUGCGGUGAAGGUGAGCGACCAGCGAGUCUUUCAAGACGUUCAGCAGUUGGUGACAAAACAGGUGGUCAAUCCUUCUAAUCAGGAGGGUCACGUCGAAGCAGCAAAAGCCUCGCAGUCUGGCAGUUUUCUUCCUGCAAGACCAUGGAAGGACGACUCGGACGCACCUCUAGAGGUGUUGCUAUCCAGUGAGCUGAGCAAGGCGCGGGACGAGCUGAAGGAGCAGCAGCGGACCAAUGAAAGCCUGCAGGUGAAAAAGCGGGACGAAACGAUCCAGCACCUCUUCUCCCUUGUCAGCGAACGAGAUUUCACCAUUGCCAUGCUCAAGCAAACGCAGACACCUGCUAACGCUACAUACCGAGAGGGAAGAAUGAAUCAGUCGAAGAAGAGAUCAUCCGUGUCCAAGAGCAGAACCAGCGCUCGUGAUACAGCCAGAAGCUCGGAAGGCGCUCCUGUGCUCCAUCGUACCCUUGUGCUUCUGGAUCAAGACUCCAACAUCCGCUAUACUGUCUCAUCCUACGACGAACCUUUCACAAUCGGCAGGAGCUCCAACUGUUCGCUUCCUCUCGACAGGAAGCUUCAUCCGUCCGUUUCUCGCACGCACGCCAAGAUCUACUUCGACUCCUCUGCUCAGGCAUUUGACAUUCAGGACUCCAGCACCACGGGGACGGCAGUCAAUGAUGACUCCUUUCAGAACGAGAUCUUCAAGGAGCUGCAGGUGGGCGACGUGAUUACGAUCGGGGGGGCAGCGACUGGGAAGCGCUUCCUGGUGGAGUCGAUCACCGACACGCCAGAGUGA